AUGAUCAAACAUCCCACACAACAAAUUCCAAGACCACAAUCAACUCCCAUACUAACGACGAGUGGUGACGGUAAUCCUUUACGUAAUACGGAAAGUUCAACGAUUGUAUCACAAGAAAGAGGACUACCCUAUCAUCGUCGUGAUACAUCAGGAUUUAAAAAAAUCAAAAUCAAUUGUUGCGGUACUGAUACGUGGUUAAAUGAUGAUAAUGAUCCUACAAAUUGUUUUUGGUGUGCCUUUGUUUUAAUUUUUGUUUUAAUUAUUGCAACUACUGGAUAUUUUAUACUAGACGCGGACAUAAAACAUCAAGAUGAGAUUCAAUAUUUUGAAGUAAAACCUUGCCCUCCUUCCGUUUCCCCAACUUGUCCACAAGAGGGAUCAUUGUGUCUACCUUGUUCACAAGGAGAGAGAUUAUGUAUGCAUCAUUUUGGAGAAUGUUUAAGGUAUUACUGCGUUUCACAGGAUUUGACUUGUGGAUUAAUGAACAUACAUUAA